AUGGGUAGUUUCUCCCCACUCGAGAUUCCUCCCCUUUCGGAUUUCCCCUUGAAGGCGGAGGAACUCGAACACCCACCUCCGCCAUUGCCUCUUUACGAUUUUACCCGUCUCCCUAAUCCACCUAACGACUGGUCACAUUUCAAUGUCAAGUUUGAAACCAUCACACUGGGUCACAGUCGUUCCUUGAAGCUCCCACAGGUGCAAGUGUUGAUAAAGCAUUACUUCUGGGGAAUCCACUAUGAGGAACUGACCCAGACCCCCAUGACAACCAGAAAGAAGCCAAGUCUCAAAGCUCAACAGAUGUUGCUGUUCAAGCUCAUCUACUAUAUGCAAGAACGCCAUCGGCCGAAAACUUGGUUAGAAAUGCUCAAUGUUAACCGAGAUACUGGGCCACGACUUUUGAGAUACGACCUCAAUCCGCGCCCAAAGCCAUUCAGUAGGUGGUACAAUUCUAUUCCGGAUGUGAGCACACAGAUAUUGAAUGCGUAUAUACGCCCUCAUGACGCGCCACCAGACAUGCCCGACUACCUUAUUCAACAAUAUAUGUACUCAGUUGACAGCUUGCACACACCACCCCCACCUCCACCACCCCCGGCGCCAACACUCGCCGCGCAACAAGAGGAAAUCCUUCGUCUACAGCUGUUGGAACACAUGAACCCAGGAGUCAAUUUUAUACCGGUCUUUUCAUUGACCGAUCCUCCGGGUAAAAAGAUACCGGGCCCUGCACCAGGCCAAAAACGGGGUCCAGACGACAAGGACCCCCAUCGCAAGCGCUCGAGACAAAUCUCACCCGGUGCCCCUGCUUACCGAGGUCGCCCUCCUUCCCCAACUCCGCCGUUUCAAGAGCCCGUUUUUGCUGCUGACGAUAUCACAACUUUCACCUGGACGCCUAGUCUGGCACCUUCCUACACAGUUGCUCCCAUCGGAAGGCACCGAUUGAGCCCCGUUGGCCUGAAACCUUCAGGUCCGCUUGACACGCGAGCGAUUACGGACGCCGUGGAGCGAGCUGUGAUGCAAAUCGUGUACGCUGAUUUGGAUCGUGAUCCUACUAUUCCGUCGGUUGAACACCCCAUUCGCCACCGGACCGCCCAGUCUUACAAGGAUAUACUCACGCUCAAACUUGGAUCCUUCCCCACCACGGCGAGUGUAAAGUUGUCGCCAUUGACCUUUCAGUGGGAUCCAAAUGGUGCUGUUUUUCCAGUCCGGGGCCGCGGCCCUAUCUGGGAUUCAAUGUCUUGUGCAACAGAUGCUGUUAUUGUAGCGGGGAUGUUGCUCGAUGCUGGUUGUACAAAGAUAGAUCGCGCAAACAAUCGAGCAGCUGAGUUCAAAGAUAUCGAAAAGGCAUUCAUCGAAGUGACAAUGGCCAGCUGGGAGACCUUUGACGAGAAGACUUCUAUAUUUGUGCGUGACGAGUGGCUCCGUAUGUUUAUCGAUGGCUCCCCCGGCUUGAAAAUGGGACAGCCGAUUCCUCCUUGGGCGGUAUGGUCAGUGGCCACGAGAAGCUUCGCUCAAUUCCGCUAUUUCCACGUUGAGCGAGUGACCCCUUGCAAAUGCAAGCUUGGGACUCCGUUCUACAACUCUCAUCAGGGGUCCUGCAUUUUACCAGGCUACCAACCGGGCGAUGAAAAAGGAGUAGAUCUACAAGUGUUGAUAGAGCGAUGUUUCUACCCACGAAAGUCUUUCAGGUGUGAUAAGUGCGGCGAUCCGACGGGAGUUACUGGAGAACGAAAGAUCGGUCAACUCCCGCUCCGUCUGGUGGUAACAUCUGAUAUCAAAACGCGAAUCCGAAAUCACACGGAGAAUCUCAAAUUCAAUUACAUAGAUUAUGAAGACAAGCAACAGGUCGCACACUAUCGUUGGCUUGGCGGCAUCUAUAACAACGAAUCCCAUGCUCGUUUGUUCUGGACAGAUACUCAACGAGGCGAGAAAGAUGACGGGAAUAUUAUGAUGUACGACAGUCAAGUCAAUUCCGGGGUUAUUAUCGGUGGAAUCCCAGCAUUCCAACGUGAAGAAAAAGUGCCCACUGAAUGGGUCAACCAUCAUGCUAUUCCGCUUCUCUUCUACGAGCGCAUCAUGAAUCCCACUACUGACCUUUUGGCAAAGGCUAACAACGCGAUGUUUGAGCUGGGCAAUUGCCUGAACGAGAACAAGAACAUUCUCGAAGAACACAUCCCUUGGAAGCGAUCAACUCCACCAUUGCAGUGGGAGUCAUGGCCUCGUAUACUUUCACACAAUGGUGAACGCUUCAGCAGUUUCAACCCCGGCUGGGCAACAGCGAGACCAUCCCCCAACCCAGCUUCUGCACAACCUGCUGUGCCCCCUCUGCCAUCCAUUCACAUUGACCCGGCGCUUCUUGAUCCAUUGGUCAUUGACCCAUCGCUUCUUGAUCCAUCGCUUUACUCCGCCACCACACCUCCGGAAUUCGACUUGACCUCCUUCUUUGACGAGACAGGACUUGGUGACCCAUCAAGCAGUGAUCAAGACAUGACUGAUGAUUCCACAAAGGACCAUCUGUUCAAAUCGAUGAUGCAGAGUCCACGCUGGCUCGCUCCCACCCCGGACAUGUGGCCUUCAGGUCUACCUAAUGAGGAAGGAGCUUUGGACUUCCCCGAGCUGCCUAUGUCGCCUAUCUCGCCCCAACUAGGCAAUCGCAGUGGCACUGGGUGGUCAGAUAUCAGCAUGCCAGAUGCAGAAGAGUCUGGGGCUGAGCUUCGAAGCCGGAUUUUCCGCAGUACGCAUGGUAAUGGACUCAAAAGGUCCGCGAUGACCAACUACGCUAUUUCAAAGCAGGCCCUAAAUUCAAGGGAGAAGCAGGCCCUGCGUGCAGAGACUAUCCGUGGAUUCAGCGCAAGGCACAGAUUUAGUGAUAUAGAGGAGGAGGAGGAAGUGGAGAGAGAGGAGGAAAUCAACCGAAGGAAUAUAGAGAUCCAAAAUAAAGAGGAUCGCGAGCGAAAAAAGAGAGAGGAACGGAAAAACCAAGAGCAGCUCGAGAAGAAGAAGAGAGAGGAGCUUGACCAAAAGAGGAGAGAUGAGCUGGAGAAGGGUAGGCAAGAGGAGCGGAAAAAACGAAAAGAGCUUGAAAAGAAAAAAGAACAGGAAGAACAAAAUGAACGUCAAGUACAGGAGAAAGAUCCGAAAUGGACGAGGGAGGAAUAUUAUAAACAGCACAGACAAAAGGAAGAACAGACGAAACAACAAGAGGCGAAGCCCAAGGUAUCAAGAAGACCAGGAUUGAGGAAUUCGAAGAAGAAGAACACCGAUCCAACAUGGAGGCCGGGUGAUAGUGAUGGAGAUGAAGAUGAAGAUGAAGUAGAUUUGGGUUGA